AGAAGCAGGGACUCACUUAGAGGGAAAGUUUGUUACUAUGAAACUUAGGAAUAUUUAUAAAAUAUAUGCAUAAUUAUCAAAAUCCCUCGUGCAUCAAUAACUUGCCCCAAGGGUAUCAGGUUUUAGGCUUAGUUUUCCCGGAAUGGGCUUCUACACUCACUAUUCUUAUACUUUUUUUGAAAGAAUGUGUGAGACAGACAGUUAGCCAGCCAGCUAGCUAGCUAGCUAGCUGAGAGGUGAGACAGGCGGCAGGAGAACAAAAGAUUUUUUUGCGUUUUGGCCGGUUGUACUGACACCAAGUCCAUGCAGAACGCGUCAUUACCACCACAAUGCCCGUUUUACUUUUUCUGAUAGACACGUCCGCUUCAAUGAACCAGCGCACCCAUCUGGGCACUACCUAUCUGGACAUAGCAAAAGGCGCUGUUGAGACUUUUAUGAAGCUCAGAGGGAGAGAUCCGGCCAGCCGAGGGGACCGGUAUAUGUUGGUAAAUUUUGAGGACGCUCCGUUCGGGAUAAAGGCUGGAUGGAAGGAGAGCCAUGCCACUUUCAUGACAGAGCUGAGGAACCUCCAAGCAACCGGCCUAACAACUUUUGGCCAGUCCUUGAGGACUGCUUUUGAUUUGCUAAAUCUCAAUAGAUUAGUCACUGGGAUAGACAACUAUGGUCAGGGAAGGAAUCCUUUCUUUCUUGAACCUGCCAUCAUAAUUGCAAUCACCGAUGGCAACAAAUUGACCGGCAGCAGCGGCGUGCAAGACGAGCUCCAUCUGCCUCUGACCACGCCGCUGCCGGGAAGCGAGCUCACCAAGGAGCCCUUUCGUUGGGACCAGCGCCUGUUUGCCCUGGUGUUGCGUAUCCCUGGCAACACCUCGGUAGAGCCCGAACCGCUCGGCGGCGUCCCGCCCGACGAGUCCCCGAUCACACCCAUGUGUGAGGUCACCGGAGGGCGUUCCUACAGUGUGUUCUCUCAGCGCAUGUUGAAUCAGUGUUUGGAGUCUCUUGUGCAGAAAAUCCAAAGCGGGGUGGUGAUAAACUUUGAAAAGACUGGACCCGACCCUCCUCCACUAGAAGAUGCUCCAGCUGAGGGGUUGAAGUCCGGUCCACAGCCUUGGCAUUGCUGUCACAAGCUGAUCUACGUCCGACCCAACCCUAAAACCGGCGUCCCCAUUGGUCACUGGCCCAUCCCUGAGGCCUUCUGGCCCGACCAGAACUCUCCAACACUACCGCCCCGCUCAGCCCACCCCCACGUACGCUUCUCCUGUGUGGACGCAGAACCUAUGGUUAUAGACAAGGUGCCCUUCGACAAGUAUGAGCUGGAGCCUUCGCCGCUCACGCAGUACAUUCUGGAGAGGAAAUCCCCACACACCUGCUGGCAGGUAUUUGUUAGUAAUAGUGCCAAGUACAGUGACCUGGGUCAACCGUUUGGUUAUCUAAAGGCAAGCACAGCUCUUAACUGUGUCAACCUGUUUGUCAUGCCCUACAACUACCCUGUGCUUCUGCCUCUUCUGGACGACUUGAUUAAAGUGCACAAGUUCAAGCCGACCCUGAAAUGGAGGCAGUCCUUUGAGAACUACUUGAAGACCAUGCCUCCUUAUUAUAUCGGAUCUCUCAGAAAGGCCCUGAGAAUAAUGGGGGCACCAAACCUCCUGGCUGAGAACAUGGAGUACGGUCUGAGCUACAGCGUGGUGUCCUACCUGAAGAAGCUCAGUCAGCAGACAAAAAUAGAGUACGACCGCCUGAUUGCCUCGAUUGGCAAGAAAGCCCCUCCAGAGCCCGGCAUCAAGGUCCGAUGGCGGGGAGGCGGCAUCUCUUUAGCACAGAGGAGGGACUUCAUCCAGCAGCUGCAGAGUCUCACAGGGGAGGCUCCCACUCUGCCUAUGGAGCUCAACCCUAAAGAGUUUCAGGGUUUUCACUUGGCACUACUCAACAAAGGCCUGAAGCCUCAGAGCUUCAGGAACCCCUACGACAUCCCACGCAGCCACUUGCUGGAUCAGCUCAGCCGAAUGAGGAGGAACCUGCUCAACACCACUGUCUGUACUCUACGAGGGCAGGACUCCGACCAGCUCCACAGCGUGCCAAUCGCCCAGAUGGGAAAUUACCAAGACUUCCUCAAAUCUGCUCCGCAGCCUCUCCGAGACGCAGAUCCCGAACAGCCCAAACGUCUGCACACGUUCGGAAACCCUUUCAAACUGGACAAGAAGGGUAUGAUGAUCGAUGAGGCGGACGAGUUUGUGACCGGCCCACAGAACAAGGGCAAGCGACCCGGGGAGAGUAGCAACAUGCCGGGCGGCGGUCCCAAAAGACGGCGCUGCAUGUCGCCUCUUCUGCGUCUGGGCAGGGCCUACACCCCUCCAGUCACCCCUCCCGCCAGCCCACGCCACUCAACAGAUAUGGACAUCAGUGACGGAGCACCUGACCUGAUCAUCAACCACCUUAACCAGAACCACUACAGUUCCGACUCCAGCUCCGACCUAGAGCUGGAUCACCCCUCGGGACCCGCCGACGUCCAGGAGAACCACAACUCUGCAGAUCCUCAGCUCCUCCGGCUCAAGGAUGAGGAGGAAAACAGGGGGACAUGCGAGCCGCCAGGCAGCGAGGGAGGGGUGGAGAUGGUGGUGAUGGAGGACCAGACGACCCGAUUCCUGUCGCCCGCUGCCCUGAAGAAGCACAUCCACGGCGAAACGACAAAGGUCAACAACGAGCUGAGGGUGCAGAUCACUAAGGAGAUCAGGAAACCUGGCAGACACUAUGAGAAGAUCUUCUUCCUCUUGAAGCAGAUCCAGGGCACGCUGGACACUCGGCUUAUUUUCCUCCAAAACAUCAUCAAAGAGGCCGCCAGGUUUAAGAAGCGGGUUCUCAUCGAGCAGCUGGAAAACUUCCUGGAGGAAAUCCACAACAGAUCCAACACCAUGAACCACGUGGAGAUGCUCUGAGACCGGCUCCAACCAAACAGACUUUACUAUGAGACCUGACCCUCCCCCCACAUCUCCACCCCAACCAAGGCCCAAAGACGACACACGGCCGAACCCACGAUCUCCAGCACCUUCAGCUGACCUGUCAUUAAAUCCACAUCAAUGGUAGACAGUAUGUCCGACUCUGAAUGGGUCUUAAUUUCAAACUAGAUCAAGGGGAGGGGGGUGUUAAUGCUGAUCUAAAGAGAUGCUCCGUUUAUGUGUCAUCAGGGGGCCUAACUCUCAUUUUGGUUACAGUUGAGUUAACAGACACCUCCUGCGUUUGGGUCGAAGUUAAAGACUUUUCCAGAGAGGAUCAGAUGAGGGCCUGCAACCAGAGCGUGAUGUUCUUCUUUUCUUUUCUGUGACAAUGUGGCAGAUGGUUUCAGUCUGAGCAUUAUAUGUUUUGUUUCCAACCCAGGGUCAAAAGGGAUCCACCGAAGUGGUCAUAAAACAAUUUUCUCCCACUACUCUUAGUUUUCUGUGUGUGAAUGAGGAGGUGAAUUUGUUUCUACACUCCACCAACCAGAGCACUCCACUCACUAAGCUCCCAAACUGACUUAAUUUGGCUCCAAACUGGUGAUUAUUGAUGUUUGAUGUUGGAGAAAGUGAAAGGUUCUCAGGAUCCUCCGAGUUUCCUUUAAACCGAGAAGGAAAGGUUAUGAUAGGGAUUGAAGACGGGGACGAAAAAGCUCAGGAACUGUGACUAAUGAUUCAGCAAUAACAUCGAGUCCCCCCUCCCCCACCUAUUUAUUAAAGCCUUAAAGGGCAGAUAUGCAACACGGACUGUGGUCUGCUGAAAGCAGUGAUUGAGUGGGGUCUUGGUUGCUGCCAAAUUACUAACUCCCAUCAACCCCCCCCCCCACCCUCUGCCACGAAUCUCAAACCAACUUCUUGUCGCUUCACUGUAUUUGCACUUGUGUAUAUUUGAGAAUUAUUUAAUGUAAGUUAAGAAAUAAUAAUAAACUACGUAUUUGUUGCAAUUUAAUGAAAUAUUUCAGCGUUCUCAAAUGUACACAAACAGACCGCCGGUGGUUAAAGGUCUAAAGGUCAAAAGUUGAUUUCUGAUUCCAGUGGCCGUCGUCUUCCUCCGCUAAACAUCCCCUCCUCCCCGAAAAGGGACCAAAAUCUGCCAUACUUGUCUUUUACUUGUGAAGAGGCCGCUACCAAAAGAGUAUUUUGAAUACACUGUAAAGAUGUAAAUACCUUAGAGUACUAUUUAAAGAGAAAUGUUCGGUGGAGAAUGGCCUUUUUGUAAUUAUUUCCAUAAAUAAAGAUUCUAUUUUACACUGUGAAGGGCCAUGUAAAUAAAGUG